AUUUUGCUGCUUUCAUAUCUCAAUGUCCCCCAGCCCCCUCUCCCUGCUUUGCGCCCUUCUUCUUACUCUUCCCCUUGCCAUCGUCUUCACCAUCACCACCGACGGUGGCACCACCACCACCACCACUCAUCCGCCUAAUGAACCCAUUUCACCACCACCCACAAAUAUCAAAACCCAAUUACCAAAACCCAUCCACAUAAACCAAAUGCCCCCACCGCCACCGCCACCGCCACCGCCACUGUUGAUGAUGGAAGAGGAUGAUGAUGACGGAUCACUUUUCGAGCUGGCGUCUCGUGUCAACCCGAACCCAUCACCCAUCGGAGCACCCAAGAAGCUUGCAUUUCUGUUCCUCACCGCCGGCCCACUACCAUUGGCACCACUUUGGGAGCUCUACUUCAACCGCACCAAAAGGGAAAAUUUGUACAAUAUAUAUAUACACGCCGACCCCAAUCUCCGAUACGACCCCCCUUUUCAAGGUGUAUUUAGCAACCGCACCAUUCCCUCGAAGCCCACGCGCCGCCACACCCCGUCACUAGCCGCCGCUCACCGACGGCUACUCGCCCAAGCUCUCCUCCACGACCCUUCGAAUUACAUGCUUGCCCUUGUUUCCCCUUCUUGCAUACCUCUCCACUCUUUCGAUUUCACCUAUAGAAUGCUGGUGAAAUCCAAGAAGAGCUUCAUAGAAAUCCUUGAAAACGAGGUGGGUGCGCGAGGGAGGUGGGCGGCGCGUGGGGAAACAACCAUGCUUCCGGAGGUGACAUUAGAAACAUUCAGAAUCGGGUCUCAGUUUUCGGUGUUGACACGUCAGCAUGCCAGGGUGGUGGUGAGUGACACGCGUCUCUGGUCCAAGUUCAAACUGCCAUGUCUGCAAGAAAACAUAUACAGGUGUUACCCUGAGGAGAACUACCUCCCUACGCUCUUGUCCAUGGUAGACAGAAAAGGUUGCGUCCCAGCGACGCUGACGUACGUUGACUGGAAGGGUCACCACAAUGGUCACCCGCAUACGUUUCACGAAUCAGAAGUGGGUCCGGAUCUGAUCGCAGCCCUCCGUAGACGAAGGCCGAGAUACGGUGAUGAAGAGAUGAACGGUUCUGAUGCGUCUGUGAGAAGACGCAGUCACCCGUUUCUGUUUGCGAGGAAAUUCGGGGCUGAUACGGUGGGGGCGUUGAUGGAGAUAGCAAACGACGUCAUUUUGAGGGAGUAGAGAUGAGGAUGGUUCUGGUAAAUAAAAUAAAUAACAGAGGGCAAAAGGCGGGACCAAACCCGUGCGUUUGUUGCUGCAAAACCAUCCACAAUACCUUUGUACCCAGUAGUAAUUUUAUAACAGAAUUAUAUUUUAAGUAAAGUA